AUGCCUGUCGCCCGUCCAAAGAAGGAGUCGAGCUCGGCCACCCCGCCUUCCGACGACGGCCUCCUCAAGGAACCACACUCCGAAAUCAGCAAAAGCAAGAGAAAAGCCCGUAAGGUUCGAUGCGCUCGAGAGAACCCCGAUGAUCAAAAGCAAUCUUGCAAACAUUGCAUAUCGCUCGGAAUUCCCUGCACUUACGAAUACCAGCCCAAAAAGAGAGGUCCGCCUAAUCUAUAUCUUCGUAGGCUACAUGAAGCCCAAGCAGCAGCAGCGGCAGCUGACAAUCAGGUCGAUGCAGAUAGCUCGGCAUCACCAUCAUUAAUGUCGCCGUCGUUUGGUCCAAAGAGCCCGUCUUCGUUUAUGGAUUCCCCGAUACCAGCACUACCUACCGUUCCUUCCAUCCCUAUACCCCCCUCACGCUAUCCCAUUGCGGCAGAUACCUAUCAUUCCCACUAUUCCAGCUCAUUGUCCUCGUCUUACCCUGGUUCCCACUCUGACGCAUCUAAUACCCAGGACGAAUCCAAGGGAUAUUCUCCUCAGCCAGAUUCUUUCAGUACUUAUCCUUUAUAUAAUUGGUCCUACAAGCAGCACCAGGUCCUUCCGGUGCAGCCACCAGCCCAAAUACCCCCUCUCUCGUUUUAUUAUCGACCGCAUAGAUUGGAGGAAAUUGCUCCGAGAGAUACGAUAUCUCUCAUCAUAGCGCUCUUCUUCGACUUUGUGUAUCCGCUCACUCCUUGCGUUCACAAACCGUCCUUCAUGGCUGACCUUCACUGCCCACCGGGAAGAACGCGAUCCACUCUUUUUCGCCCUUUUCCCCGUUCCUAUCUCCCAAUGGAUCGUCCGGUCGUUCGGAAGCUCGCCCAGACUUGUCACGAAGCUAGCCGGCAGGUUUCUAUAGCAUCCUACGAUCCACCGACCUCUAUGCAUGUCAUUAUUCGAUAUUUCGAUUGCGUAUACCACUUCUGUGAGGGCCAUGACGCCACGCAGCAUGCGGCAUUUGGUGAGGCUGCGCAUAUCGCCGUUACUCUGCGUAUGCAUGAAGAAGCUUCGUACGAAGGCCUCGACCCAAUCGAGAGCGAGAUCAGACGGAGAACUUUUUGGCUACUCUUUGGAGCCGACAAGUCAAUGUCAGUCCUCCUUGGACGGCCGAUCUGUCUUCGGGACGAAGAUUGUACUGUUCAUUUCCCUAAGGAACUAGAUGACGAAUACAUCACCCCUAGCGCUUACCUUCCUCAACCACAUGGCAAGACUGCCAUUGUCUCGGGUCUUAACUAUACCUCCCGGAUUUUCGCACUUCUCGGAGAGAUCCUGGUCCGUAUCCGAGUGGACAAGCGCUCUCCGCCACAAGGGCAAUUCGCGACUGCUAGACUUGAAGAGGUUCAGUCACUUCACGGGCGUAUCCUUUCGGCGUUAAGCCACGCGCCUGAACCUUUACGACUAAAACAAACACAUGCCCCUUCUCACAUCCCUCCAGAAUACGGAGGUGCAGGUUUCCGACAAGCAACCUUUGCCGAGGUGAAAGAUUUCUUUGACAAUCCUCAUGCUUCGCGAGCGAAUGCAUUGAACCCGUUCCUGGUUAUGCAAGCGAAUUUGUAUGUGACACAGCAACUGGUUCGAUUUGUGAUUGAGCAAUACCGUGACGAGCUGGUCGUCUCGUUACAAGGAAAUAUUGACGAUCACCAAGUCGCCGAGGACCGAGAAGCUGUUGCUAGUGUAUUGCUGAGCAUCCUUCACAGCAUCCCAAUCCAGUCCAUCGCCACCAAUGGACCUAGUUUGGUCCAUAAGGUGCGCUUUGUCGCAUCUACGCUGCUGGAUGCAGUGAGAAAAGCUGAAAUAGCGCCGGCGUCCGCCGCGCGCGCCCACGCAUAUCUUUGGGACUUCCUUAGCAUCUUAUCUGAGAUCGAGAGGAACUACUUACUUGACGACGACCGGGAUGGCACGUCCAGUGGCGACGGAAUGGCCAUGAUGAGCUAA